AUGUUAAUACAAAAGGCGUCAAGGGUCAACUCUAAGGACGCAGGAGACCCUGGAGACCCUGGAGACACAGGAGACCCUGGAGACACAGGAGACCCUGGAGACGCAGGAGACCCUGGAGACACAGGAGACCCUGGAGACACAGGAGACCCUGGAGACACAGGAGACCCUGGAGACACAGGAGACCCUGGAGACACAGGAGACCCUGGAGACACAGGAGACCCUGGAGACACAGGAGACCCUGGAGACACAGGAGACCCUGGAGACACAGGAGACCCUGGAGACACAGGAGACCCUGGAGACGCAGGAGACCCUAGAGACCCUGGAGACCCUGGAGAUAACAUAGAGAGCGAGGUCCUCACAUGCAGUUCGCAUCAUCCAAGCAACAAGUGUCAAUCACAUCAAACUGCAUAUAAGAAACAAUAA